AUGUCGCUGUUGUUUGUGCCUGAGGACGAGGAAUACGACGAUAAAGCAGAAACGCUCUUUGUUCCAGAUGACCAUGAGCCAGACCACAUUGUCUCAGAACUAGAGCAGAAAGAUAAAGCAGAGGAGAUCGAAGCCGAGUAUGUGGAGCCCGAGAACCAGCCGGAGAUAUCGGAAGAACGCACCAGAGCCCAUUACGCUAGGGCAAUGGCCCAGGACGAUGAGGGCUCUAUACCUGUGGUAAGAGAGGAGAAAGCAGAAGUGACUGCGAUCUACGAGUCCAGGGAGGUCUGCUGCCUGCUUCCUUUGGGCUUUUAUCAGGAGAUUGUGGAGAACAUGUUGGCAAAAGACGGGCUUCUUAUUUUGGGAAGAGGCCUAGGGUGUGAGGUGAUUACUGCCAAUUUGCUCUAUGCGCUUAGUCUGCCGUCGGUGACGCUAGAACGGGGCAAAACGGUCACGAAAAAGAAGAGUUUGGUCAUUUUGCUCGGCGCCGGCGAGGAGGAGAUCGUCAAGUUGAACGACCUUUUGGUGGAACUACGAUGGUUGAAUGCGGUAGCGGGAAACGAUACAGAAAACGAAUUGGAGCCGGCGCUUCGGGUCGUCGGAGGCUCCGACCUUGCUAAUACGAAUAAGCGUCGUGACAUGUACAUGAAGGGAGGCGUUCUCAGUAUUAGUUCAAGGAUCUUGGUGGUGGAUAUCCUUUCUGGUAUUCUUAAACCGCUGGACAUUACGGGCUUCUUUGUGCUCCACGCUGAAAAAAUCAGGGAAACGCUGAACGAUUCGUUCAUCAUCAACUUGUACAGGGACCAGAACGAUUGGGGUUUCGUCAAGGCUAUAUCUGACGAGCCUGAGUCGUUCACAGGGUUCACGCCUUUGGCAAGCAAGCUCAAGUACCUCCGAAUGAGCAAUGUGUUUCUCUGGCCUCGGUUCCACGUUGAGGUGACUUCGCUGUUGAUGCUCAGGUCGUCCAAGCAGAAGAUGAGAAGCACAGUGACCGAGAUCAACGUCAAGUUAUCGAAAAAAAUGGCCAAGAUUCAAACGGCAAUUUUGUCGUGUUUGACUGCAUGUCUUCAAGAGCUCAAGAGACACAACCCCACUCUAGAUACGGAUUACUGGGAUGUGGAAAAUUUGCAUGAUACUGAUUUCGUCACACGAGUGAGACUCUCGCUUGAGUCCCAAUGGCACAGAAUAUCGUGGACGUCCAAGCAGCUCGUCUACGAUUUGGGCACACUUAAGGAGCUUUUGGCAAGUCUACUUCGAGACGAUUCGCUUUUGUUCUACCAGCGUGUUCAGGGAAUUGUCGAUACGAACAUUCGAUCGUCAGGAGCAGGCACCAUGAAUGCCACAACCAUGAGUCCCUGGCUUAUGAUGGACGAAGGCACAACCAUCACGUCAUACGCUAAAGAGCGUGCUUUAGGAAGAGUGACAGUGGCCGCAGAAGCUGCCGAAGAGGGCCAGGAGGCCGCCGAGGUAUCCAGAGAAAAAACCGAGGUCUACAAUUUGGAGGAGCUUCCGAAAUGGGAACAGUUGGUGUUGCUUGUGGACGACAUUAUUCACGAACGGUCUUUCGACAACACCAAAACGGAGGGACCAAUUCUCAUUAUGUGUUCGUCACUGAAGACCGCCCAGCAAUUGAGCUCCAUCUUAUCAAAGGCUAAAAAGAAGGUUCACGAGCCUACAGGGCGUAAGUGGUUCUCGUGCAAAGGUUAUAUGGUGAGCAAGCUCCGGGAGUAUCUACAAUGGAAAGAGCUCAUUUCGUUGACCAAAAGGCUCAAUACCGAGUUGGUCGAGAAGGCCAAUGAGGACAGCCGGGAAGGCACCCCGGACUCUGCUGCUGACGAAAAGCUCAACACCAGUAAGACGUUUACUAGAGGCAACAACGUUCCUCGAAGCAAAAGAAGAAGAACCCGUGGAGCAGCUGCGGUUGCAAAUGUGGCGAGAUUGCACUCUGGAAGCGACUAUGAAAAAACUGCCGGACCGGUGGACUUAGAGCAGGAUAUCGUCGACCGCUUGGAGCAGGAUGUGAAAGAGGAGUACGAUAGCAAUGACGAGCUUGAGGAGCCAGAGUUGGUGGAGGAGAAGGAGCACGAUGAAACUGCCGAGGACACAUUCAGAAACUUCUACGCUGAAGCCGAGUCUCCACACAUAAGAACAGCAGCCAUCAAUUUGGAGCAUAUCGAAAAGUACAACCAAGUCAUCAUCGAAACCUACAACGACAAGACCAACGAGACAUUGCUCCAGGAGUUGUGUCCGCUGUACAUCAUCAUGUACGAGCCGGAUCUAGCAUUCAUCAGGCGUGUGGAGGUGUACCAUGCCACCAAUGCCAAUGUUGAGCCCAAGACCUAUUUCAUGUACUACGGCACCUCUGUCGAGGAGCAAACACACUUGAUGAGAAUCAGAAAGGAGAAGCUGGCAUUCACCAGUCUCAUCAGAGAAAAAGCCAAUUUGGGCAAGCGUUUUGCUGGAGAACAAGAGAACUGGAAGUUCCAUCUUCGGAAGCCCCAGGUGGUGAACACCAGAAUAGCUGGAGGCGCCAAAUUCCGCACGGAGGAAGACGAGAUGAGAGUUAUUGUGGAUUCUCGAGAAUUCCGCUCUUCGCUACCAAACUUGCUUUAUAGAGUGGGCAUCCAGGUUAUUCCGUGCAUGCUCACAGUGGGUGAUUAUGUGGUAUCGCCAAAGAUCUGUGUGGAGAGAAAGUCGAUUCCCGAUUUGAUUGGAUCUUUCAAAAGCGGCCGUUUGUACCAGCAGUGUGAGCAGAUGUUCCGCCACUACGAGCUUCCCACGCUUUUGAUUGAGUUUGACGAAAACAAGUCCUUUUCGUUUGAGCCAUUUGCCGAAAUUCGCCCGCCGGGGUUCAAAGCGACCAACCCGAUCGCCAGCAAGAUUUCCAAAAAAGAGAUCCAGCUGAAAAUCACGGAGCUCCUCAUUUCCUUCCCCAAGCUCAAGGUGAUCUGGUCAUCUUCGCCAUACGAAACCGCUCAGAUCUUCCUAGAACUAAAGGCUAGUCAACACGAGCCCGAUGUGGAGGAGGCACUUGCCAAAGGCGUCAAUCCUGCUAUCUCAACCAACGAAGGACCUCCCAUGUACAAUGACGACGCCAUUGAUCUUCUCCAGAGCAUCCCUGGCAUAAACAAUGUCAACUACACUACGGUGAUUCUGAGGAUCAGAAACAUCAAGGAAUUUGUGUCGCUCAGCAAAAAAGACCUCCACGAAAUGCUAGGAGAAGAAAACGGCAACAAGGCUUACAAUUUCGUGAACCGGUAUGUACGGUGA